AUGAGCUCGAGGGCGGAAGAGGCUCGCAGCUACUACUCAGAAGACGUGUCCAUGGACAGCCAUAGCUUUUUGGAGAUGUUACUGCUCGAUAGCUGCUUCAUUUUUCAUGCUUUCAGAUUGAUAAUUUGCCCGUUGCUCUACUCGGGAUGGCCGUCAGACCAAAUCAUGCUGGACUUGCUGAUGCUCGAGAACCAGAUCCCUUUCUUCGUCUUAGUCCAACUAUACUGUGGGCUCGGUGGGGAACAAGAAUUCAGGAAGUUCGCUGGGGCUUACGCUGGCACUAUCAUUCAUUAUGCCGUCAAUUCCUUUACUCGUUGCAAUAUGGGUAGCACUUGGGAUGACUCUAUCCUCCCCGAGCAAGUCCUCCAGCUGUUGCACCUGUUUCGCUUGUCCUUGGGUCCUUGCGGGAUCAAAUCCACACUUCCACCCCAACGCAUGAACGACUUCAUGGGCCCCAGUCCAAGAUAUGUUCCUAGCGUGACAGAGCUUCAGGAUCGAUCUGCUAUUGAGUUCCACACGAGAUAUUCGCACAGCAUCCUGGACAUAAGAUUCCACAGCGGGGUGAUGAAGAUCCCGUUCCUAGAACUCAAUGAUGGCAACAUUACAAUUCUCCGUAAUCUCAUCGCCUUUGAGCAAUGUUGCCCCCAAGUCGAACCUGGUGUCACAUCCUACGCAGCAUUCAUCGACUGCCUGAUAAAGACCGAAGAUGAUGCGAAUCUGCUUGAAAGGAGUGGGAUUCUGUUGAACAGCCUACCCACCAGCAGUGAUGCGGCCUUUUUCUUCAGCAAGUUGAGUCCAAGGGCUGAAGUUCGUAAGUCGACGUAUCUGGAUCACAUACUUGUUGACGUGAAUAGAUACCACAACAGCAAAUGGAAUAGAUGGAUAAGGUGGUAUGCUGAUCUAAAGCUCAAUUAUUUCUCCAGUCCAUGGUUGAGCCUCUUGAUGGUGGCCGCUGCUGUCCUCCUCAUUCUCAGCUUCACACAGAUCUGUUAUUCUGUCAUUAGCUAUUAUCAUUGGUGA